AUGUGUGGAGAUGACGGGGAUCAAACCCCGCAGGGUUUUCACACUGAGCUACAUUUUCAGAACAAAACCGCAGAACUACUGAAACAUUCCGAUCAGCUGAUCCAACUUGACAGGCUCACCCUGUCCGACUGGGUUCCGGAGAAUGAGGCUAGUGUACGGAAUCGCCAUGAGCUGGGUGAUUCCGGUGCCGGAACCGCGCAAAGUGUGCAUGUGAUCGAGAACACGCGGCUGAUCGCGAUGAUGUUUCAUCAUCCGGUUGCGGCAACACUCCAGUCACAAACUUCCGUGCAUCGCCUGACCCGGAUGGAUUCAAAUGCUACCGGGGUCAGUGAUAGUCCGUCACUGUUCAGCCCAGAUUGUGGACCAUUUCAACGUUCCUAUGUGCUUUGGCUUCCUCAAACCCCGAUCGAUAUGGCCCAGUUUGACGAAUUCCACAUGCAUCACGAACGGAUAUUUCGAUAUCUCUAUACCCGGGAUUUGGAGGCGACAUCUUAUUACAAAGCGGAAUUCCUUAGGCGAAACGGCCUGUCCGCGGAUAUCCGUGCCACACUGUGUGACUGGAUGAUCAAGGUCCAACAGUACUUGAAGCUGCGCACCGAAACACUUCAUUUGGCCGUUAGUCUGGUUGACCGGUACACAUGGUUACAAGAUCGGAUGAAUCCGUCUGACUAUCAGCUGGUCGGAAUCACUGCUCUGUUUGUUGCCGCCAAAUUUGUGGAACGGUUCGCUCCGACAACGACCACAUUGUGCUAUCUGACAGAGAACUCGUACAAACCGAAGCAGGUAUUGGAAUUCGAACUGCACCUGUUACAAACGCUGGACUUUGAUGUGGCUAUACCGCUCCCGCAUCACUUCCUGACGAGAGCCAUGCUUGCCUGUGAUGAUCUGACUUAUAGUGAACGAGCCAAGGUUGAGCUUAUCUGUUGUUAUUUGUUUGAGCUAUCUCUCACUGAGGUAUCUGCUGUUGGCGUUCCCGCAAGCACGCGUUGUGCAGCCGCAGUGCGUCUCGUUCGACAACUCCUACAAGUUGAACGCGAACGAGUGACCAGUUCACCAAACACGAGUGUUUGGGACACGGACAGUUUGGGUCACGGACUGGAGGCCUGGAACGAUAGAAUGGUGCGUAUUCUAGGUCAUGAUGACAAUACGCAUCUACGCACAAUUGCAUUGAUCUAUGUGCGUGCGUUGAGGCGAUUUCAAUCCGGCUCUGCGGUCCCUAAGCAACGGUUUGAGGCUGCGUUUCACAAGUUCAGUAACCGAGGCUAUCGUUCCGUGGCCCAGUGUGAUACACUUCAGUUGUGCGACUACGAUUCCGUGGAGGUCGCUCUCUAUCAGAUGAACACAUCUGAUCAGCCUCUGUCCAUGUAA